AUGACCUCCAUCGCCAAGACUCUUGCCGUCCUCGUUCUCGGCCUUGGCCUCCGUGUCUCCGCGACCGGUUCCCGCGGCGGAAGCCUUGAUUUCUUCUCCGACGACAAGUGCCAGCAUCGCAUCCAAGCGGAGACGGCGCCGAUUUCCCUCGACGUCUGCAUGCCGGCAUCGCCACUCGGCGAGCUCUCAAGGAGUUUCCGCGUCGACGAGAAGCCCUACUGCCCGGACGGCAGCAGACCGUCGCUGCUCUUCUUCCAGGACUGCGCCUGCACAGACGGAAUCGCAAACUACAUUCCCAACGCAAACUACGGCGACUAUGGCAACGGCUCGUGCCAGGCCAUGUGGGGUGGUGAAUAUCUCAUGUUUGCGCUGUCCUGCGGCGAGUUCAAAGCGCCCGUGCGCUCUGUGAUUUCCUUUGCCGCGACGUUUCCCUCGCAGUUUACCACCACGAAACCCCUCGGCUGCCCUCCGCUCACCAGCGAUGCUUCAGCAACGGCGCCUUCGGCUUCGGCUUCGGAUGGUUCUGAUACUGCCUCUGCUACCGCUUCCGGAGGUUCUCAAGCAACUCCGACACUGGAUUCUAGCUCCUCUAGCUCCUCUUCCCAGCAAGGCGGUGGCAAUGACUCCUCUCCCUCUUCGUCGACUGGGACAAGAACAAGAGUCGUUCAGCCGACAGGCACAAACUCUCAGGCGGCCGCGACGACGACAUCGGCCGCAAUGGGACGAUAUUACGAAAUGGGAACCAUGUAUUGGGUGGGUUAUGCCGGAAUCUUUGGUGUUGUGUCGUUUUUGACUCUGUAA